GUAAUCAUCUUAACACUCAAAUACAGAACUUCAGAUUCAAUAUUUUCACAAAAGUUAAUACAGUUUUGCACCAUAUUAAAAUGAUCAUCCAUAUAGAUUAUACGUGUUUUACAUUACAGAAAAAACAUAUGAGCAAAUUACUCAAACGAUUCAAACACUCUUCAAAUCUCACAUUUCUCCCCCAAAAUAUAAUCCGAAAAUACAUUAAAAAUAAAAUAAUAAAUAAAAAAAACUCAGUUAAUAGCAUCGCAUCUCCGCCGGAUCUCACCCCGCCGACCAGUCUUCACACCAUAAAGACUCAACUUAUUCAUAGCCCUAGCAAAGUCUUUAAAGAACCGAUCUUGAUCCCUAGCGUAAAGAUCAACAAAAGGCCUAGUCCUCGGGUCAGAAUACAACCCGUGAUCCGACUCAAGCAACCCGAGACCUUUAGGGAUAUUCUUGAAAUACAUAUUAUCAAACUUGUUGGGUGUCAUGAUGUCGUUAAAGACAGAAACUGUCGGAUCCUUGGGGUAACUCGAACAAGCCUGUCUCAACGCCUGAGCGAAUCUCGGGUUAUACCCGGAAGUACCGUUCCGGCCCACUAGGCGGCCCACGAACUCUUUACAAUGCGAGAACCCGAUAGAGUGCGCGCCACUCAACGCGACCAUUUCUUGAACGGAGAAGCCUCGGGCUUGGAACUGGCGGAUGGUCUUGGAGAUGGGGGAGGAAGGGAGAGGGAGGAGGUCGGCGAGGAGGGAGGCUUUGGAGGUUCGAGAGUCGCGGCGGCCGAGGUAGACGGGGUAGUAGGGGCCGCCGACGGUGACGAGGAGGUCGCGGGUGGCGACGGAGAUGAUGUCGGAGCAGGAGACGGUUUGGGGGCAGGCGAGCUCGAGGGCGGUUUUGGCUCGGACGAUGACGUCGAAGCCGUCGCCGGGGAGGGAGAGGUUGAUGGAGGAGUCGCGCUCGGCGAGGUUGAAGGGGGUGGAGGAGAGGAGGAUGGAGGCGUCGCAGCCGUUGGGGAAGCAGUCGUGGAAGAAGAGGCGGAUGACGGCGGCGGCGGUGGUCGGGUGGGUGAUUUGUUUGUCGGAGAUUGUGUCGCGGACUAUGUCGAGGAAUCUUGGGCAGGUUUUGGAGUAGUGGUCGGUGGUUAGGCGAGAUUCUACGGUGGUGGUGAGGAGGAGAGUGAGGAGGAGGAGGAGGAAGAGGGAGGAGAGAGGUUUGAGUGGUGAAGGUUGCGUCAUUGUUGAAGUUGAAGAGAGAGAGAGAAAUGAGAGUGAGAGAGAGAGAGGGGGUUGGGAAUAUAAUGGGAGGAAGAAGAUGAAGUGGGAGGGAGAGUGAGGACCACGCGCCGAUGUGAAGCACGGUC